UCUUUCGAAAUAGUUUUGGGGUCACGUGUAGCCAUCACUGCCAACCAUACAAGAUCCCAGGUAACAUCAGUGAACAUCACUGCCUUAAACAGACGUGUGUGUGUGUUUGUGACCUGGCCUGCCGAUCAGAUACUCCUCUAGUUGUGCAUAUGACACGAUAAAAACCCAGAAAACCCAUCAUUCUGAGAGAAAAUGGCAGGCUUGAGCAUCAUAGGUCUAUUUGUUUUCUUUGCUGUUGCCCUACAGAGUGUAUGCUACGCUGAUUGCCCAAGCUGUGACUCAGGAGGGACCUCUUGCAGUGCUAUGAGAGCCUAUGUUACUUGUCUAGCGACUAAAACAACCAGUGCCGGCUGUAACGUUAUAGAAGCCACAGCUGCCUCAGCGCUCAAGGUAUCAGUGGAAGCCACAAUAAAAGUAGGAUGCACAGGCUGUGGGCUGGUCUCUUCAGUUGCUCUUGUGCUGAUGCUCAACGCCGCUGUCUACUUUGGACGAAAGCUUGUUUGACUGACAUGACAUAAUGUUGUUUUAGUUUUUGUUGCCUUUUAUAAAGUCUUUUUUUUUGUUUGUUUUAAACAUAUUUUUUUUUUCAUCUUUACAGAAGAUAUAUAUAUAUAUAUAACUUUGUAGUGACCGCUCACUUCGAUGUUGCAAUGUGGUUAAACCUCAAAGUCUAACGUUGAACCACUGAAAACCUACACAUUAUAUUUAUGUUAAUCAAUAUUAAUUAAGCACUCUCGCGCUGACAUGUAAGAACAGCAAUCUGCUCUUUGUUUACACUUGAUUUUAUGUUUCAUAUGCAAUAAAUUCAAUCAGACUGAAAAAAAGAAGAAAACGCGAUAUGAAGAAAUGUGGUGGAAGAAUACCUUAAUUUUAAAAAAAUAAAAGAAGAAGAUUGGGAAAAGGUUUUGAAGUAACUCAACAAUGUCAAGGACGUCAUAAAUCACUUCUGCCAACUCAACACUAAACGUUGAUAACUUUUAUAAUAAACUAUUACUUUGAGCUAAAAGCAAAUGGACACACCAAAAAUCUUUUUUUUUUCUUUUUCAUGACAGCAUGUAUCAAUUCAAAUAUGUUUAAUGUUACCACCUCUCGACCUUUUUUUUUUCUUACUUUUCCAAUUUUAUAUACAAAAAUCAUAAAGAUUAGCUUUGUAAGCCUACCGGGUUCUAGUUGUUAAUUUUUCCAUGUAGAUUUUAAUAACUUGUUUUUUACAUAUUAUUUUAUGUGUUUGUGAUAUACCAGCAAUCUAUUGAUUCCUUAGUAGCCUUUGGCACAUUUUUAUUAAACACGUGACAUGACGUGCACCUGAUGUGAAACAUCUCAAAUUAAUGAAUCGCUUUGUAUUUAUGGACAGUGUUUGGACAUAGCGUAUGACCUUUCUCCUUAAAAACGGUGGUGUAAAAAUCUGAAGGGAAACAGUAACAUGUCACAGUGACGUUAAGAAUAUUUUGCUUGUAUAUGUUCUUAUUCAAUUUAUUUAUGGAAGUAAAGGUCUUUCUUCUGAUUAACCUGCUUGAUUAAAAUGAAUAAAUUGGUCGCUUUAUUAAA